UCUUCCUUAAAGGCAGUGCGUUGCCUGUUCCGGCUGUCUGUACUAAAUUGCGCCAAAGCAUUUGUUCUCAAAAUGUCAACUAUCAAGGAGAAGCUUAUUGAGAAUCUAACUGAGGAAGAUAAAAUCUCCCAGAAUAAGAUCACCAUUGUUGGAACUGGUGCUGUAGGCAUGGCUUGUGCUAUUUGUAUCUUGUUGAAGGAUUUGGCGGAUGAACUUGCCCUCGUUGAUGUUGCAGUGGACAAACUGAAGGGAGAAAUGAUGGAUCUUCAGCAUGGCAGUCUUUUCUUUAAUACUUCAAAGAUUACCUCUGGAAAAGAUUACAUAGUAUCUGCAAACUCCAAAUUAGUUAUUGUCACAGCAGGUGCACGCCAACAGGAGGGAGAAAGUCGCCUUGCCCUGGUCCAACGUAACGUAAACAUCAUGAAAUCAAUCAUUCCUACCAUAGUCCAACAUAGUCCUGACUGUAAGAUGCUUAUUGUUUCAAAUCCAGUGGAUAUUUUGACAUAUGUGGUCUGGAAGCUAAGUGGCUUACCUGCAACUCGUGUAAUUGGAAGUGGUUGUAAUCUAGACUCUGCCCGUUUCCGUUACCUAAUUGGAGAGAAAUUGGGUGUCCAUCCCACAAGCUGCCAUGGUUGGAUAAUUGGAGAACAUGGUGAUUCUAGUGUGCCUUUGUGGAGUGGGGUGAAUGUUGCUGGUGUUGCUCUGAAGACUCUAGACCCUAAAUUAGGAACUGAUUCAGACAAAGACCAGUGGAAAAAUAUCCAUAAACAAGUUGUUGAAAGUGCCUAUGAGAUUAUCAAGCUGAAAGGGUAUACCUCUUGGGCUAUUGGACUGUCUGUGACAGAUCUGGCAGGAUCAAUUUUAAAAAAUCUUAGGAGAGUGCAUCCAGUUUCUACUAUGGUUAAGGGCUUAUAUGGAAUAAAAGAAGAAAUCUUUCUCAGUAUCCCUUGUGUCUUGGGGCGAAAUGGUGUCUCAGAUGUUGUGAAAGUUAACUUGAAUUCGGAGGAGGAGGCCUUUUUUAAGAAGAGUGCAGACACACUCUGGAAUGUCCAAAAAGAGUUGAUAUUUUAAAGCCUCUUAAUGUUCCACUGUUUUAUAGAACAGAAGGUAUCAGACUGUAUAUUUUACAUUUUGAAAGUAUUUUAAUCUGAUCUGUAAAAAAUAAAAAAAAUUGGAGACCCA